UGACAGCCCAAGUUUAGCCUUGUUUUAACCAAGAUGUCUACGUUUAGAUGUCUAUUAAAAGUCUAUUAAACACAAAUUGUUUGCUGUGUAUAUAUCAUAUCCACACUAGAAUACUGCUAGUCUGCUAUACCGACCCUUACAGUUAUAACGGUGUCAGCAGCAUCAGUUUGCAGGGUCCCACCCCUUUAAACGUCACCGAGUAACAUCCCCUUUAACACUCUUACAUCUGCAGUGUUGUCAAUGCAGGCACUUUUUAGUCGGCGGAAAUAUUUGGAAAAAAGUUGCCCGUUUUUAACUUUCUACCUCCUCAUUAGUCCUUGGUAACUGUGGGCUGUAAUAGCUCGCAUGUAUGCUUGUAACUAGUUUGUGCUUCGCAAUGCGGUGUUUCGUGCUGUUUGUGUCGGUUUUGUGCUCCUGUUUGAUAAACAGCGGACCAGCUCAAGGAUACUUCCAUGAGGAGCGCUGGAGCCCGGAGUCUGCAAUACUCGCCCCGCGGGUAAUGAUUGCACUCAUCUGCCGGAACAACCAGCACUCGCUGCCGCAUUUCCUCGGGACCAUCGAGCGCCUCAAUUACCCGAAAGACCGCAUCGCGCUGUGGGUAGCGACUGACCACAAUGUAGACAACACCACAUACCUGCUGCGAGACUGGCUCAUCAACGUACAGAAACUCUACCAUUAUGUGGAGUGGAGGCCGAAGGAGCAACCAAGUCAGUAUAAUGAUGAGGAAGGACCAAAGGAUUGGACAAAUGAGCGUUAUGCUUACGUCAUGAAACUUCGACAGGCAGCGCUGGAGUCUGCACGAGAAAUGUGGGCCGACUAUCUUAUGAUGAUUGAUUGUGAUAAUCUCCUGAUCAACCAAGAUGUCUUAUGGAAGCUAAUAAAGGAGAACAAGACAAUUGUGGCACCAAUGAUGGAGUCUCGUGCUGCCUACUCAAACUUCUGGUGCGGAAUGACCUCACAGGGCUACUAUAAACGAACUCCUGCCUACAUUCCCAUCCGCAAGCAAGUUCGUAAGGGAUGCUUUGCGGUUCCAAUGGUGCAUUCAACGUUCCUGGUGGACCUGCGGAAAGAAGCUUCCAGACAGUUGGCUUUUCAUCCGCCGCAUCCAGACUACACCUGGGCUUUUGACGACAUUAUAGUCUUCGCCUUCUCAGCCCGAAUAGCAGAAGUCCAAAUGUUUAUUUGCAACAGAGAAAUAUAUGGGCACCUCCCAGUUCCUCUUCGUGCCCACAGCACUCUACAGGAUGAGGCAGACAGCUUCAUUCACACUAUGCUGGAGGUCAACGUACGAAAUCCUCCAGUUGAGCCUUCAAGAUACUUACCCAAACCUGUCAGAAAACCUGAUAAAAUGGGCUUUGAUGAGGUGUUUAUAAUCAACCUGAAGCGACGAGGUGACAGGCGUGAGCGCAUGCUGAGGGCAUUGACAGAGCAAGAGAUUGAAUGUAAGAUUAUCGCUGCUGUUGAUGGCAAAGCUAUGAACGUCAGUGAGAUCCAUGCUUUAGGAAUACACAUGCUGCCUGGCUACAGUGACCCUUAUCACGGCAGACCUCUCACUAAAGGAGAGCUGGGCUGCUUCCUGUCCCACUAUAACAUCUGGAAAGAGAUUGUAGAUCGAGGAUUGAAGACCUCGCUAAUUCUUGAAGAUGACUUAAGAUUUGAGAUUUUCUUCAAGCGUCGCCUGCAGAAUCUGUUGCUUGAGCUCCAAAGUCAGAGUCUGGACUGGGACCUCAUUUAUAUUGGGAGGAAGAGGAUGCAAGUGGACCGGCCUGAAAAAGCAGUACCAAAUAUUCGCAACCUAGUAGAGGCAGACUAUUCCUACUGGACCUUAGGUUACAUGAUGUCCUUACAAGGAGCCAGAAAGCUUCUCAAAGCCCAACCACUUAGUAAAAUGUUGCCUGUCGAUGAAUUCCUUCCUGUUAUGUUCAAUAAGCAUCCUGUAUCGGAUUACAUGGAGCAGUUUGAGACGAGGGACCUGAAAGCGUUUUCAGCAGAGCCCUUGCUGGUGUUCCCCACACACUACACGGGUGAGGCUGGCUACAUCAGUGACACAGAAACCUCUACGGUAUGGGACAAUGAGAAAGUACACACGGACUGGGACAGGGAGCGUCGGGGUAAGACCCAGGAACAGGGUGAGAUCAGCACAGAGGCCCAGAACUCAGAUGUGCUUCAGUCUCCCCUGGACAGGACAGCCCGAGAUGAACUAUGAGACUUUUUUUUGGACUCUGGACAGCUAGACUUGCUUCUGGAGGACAUUCAGCCUAAUAAGCACAAUAUGAGGGAACAGAAGAGGCCUUUUUAGAGAUUUUUUAAUGUUAAACAUUUUGUCCCUUCUUUUCUAGAUGCAUUGAUGUGCACAGCAAGUGUUCAUCUAACGAUUAAGAUGAUUAAUUGGUAACUGUUCGUAAUUAGGUUCCAUUUGUUAGGUUAUGGAUACAGUGCAUCCAGCAGGUUGUCAGGUUAACCAGCAUACAGACACAAUGAGACCGAAGGGCUUUAUUGUGCAAAAACAACAAUCCUGUGGUGCAUUUCCGAAAAGCAUUAUUAGCAAACUAAAUUCGCUAACUCCAUCGAUACGAUUAUAGUUAAGAGAUUUAACAAUUCUUGAAUUUGUUGUUCCAACGAACAUUCGCAAAUGUGUGCGGUUGCAACAACCUUUCUAGAGCUGUUGUUAAACAGAUGGUGCACUCACACUAUGCUAUUCAAACCAUGUCUAGGCCCGUUUCCUUUUUCGUUUGAGAGGUGUGAGUGUAAAUCUGGCUCAGACGCGGUUCACUUUGGACUGCCCUUGCCCGGUUGGAAGAGGUGAGCCAGAGCGCGGUUCACUUGGGCUUUGGCGCUGUACGCUUGUAGUGUGAGUGCAAACCGCGCCUAAGCCCGAAAAUGAAGAUGCGACGUGACUUUUAAGGGACUGAUUCAUAUGGAUUUAUUAAUCAUUCUUAUUGUUCAGUGAACGCAAACUGUCAUAGAUUAUUAAAGAUGCAAACCCAUCACUGCAGGACACCUGUACCUUUAGCAAACUUCCUAAUUCCUUCAGCGUCAAAAGUGGCUGAUCUGUUCGGCGAAAUAUUUGACUGCGUGUCACUGCAUAUAAAAUGACUAAACCGAUAUAACUAAUGCAAUGUCCACUGUGCUGAGCGAGAGCGCUCCUUACUGAACAGCGCAUCAUCAAUGGCUAAAGCACACUAAGGAGCGAAUGCAAUGUAAGUGCGGGCCGUCAGCGGAUAUGGGAGGAGACGGUUGCCUUGAAAUGUGCAUAGUGCGAGUACACCCAAAGUUUCUGCUUGUGCUUUAUUCCCAGUCAUUCCCCUAUGCCCCUAUUACUUUUAAAUGUUUCAACAUCCACUUUGAAUUAAUCAUUUUCAAAAAGGUUCUCUCUUAUGUCCAGUUUGAUUUCAAAGUCAUUUCUUAUAAUUCAGUUUUCACGAACUUUAGACUGACAAUUGCACUCCCUACAUAGUGCACUCUGAAAUCAUUUUUGCCAUUUUGAUCACAGCCGUGGAUCAUACCAAAAGUGACCUAUGAUUUAAAAGUGGAAAUCUCCAAAGCUUGUGAUAACAAAAAAAUAUAUAGAAUAUAUUAGGGCUGGGCGAUAUAGCAAAAAUGCAAACUCACAAUUUUUUUCCCAUAUUGAACAAUAACAAUAAAUUUCUAUAUAAGUUGUUAAUGCUUCCAGCUUUAAAAGUUAUUAUCCCAACAGUGAGUGAUGCAACAAAAAUUAGAGGGUUCAAUAAAUUACAAUUUAAAAUAAUGUUUAUUAACAAAAGCAGAUUAAACAUUUGGCCUUAAAUUAAAACAAAUAGUAAAAUACAUUUAAAAAGACUAAUCUGGCAUUACGAGGUAAAUUAAUUUUGUGAAACAUAAAUGAUAAAAGCAUACAGUACAACUUCCAGCAAGUCCACACAAAUUGUAAAACUUUUUGUUUUUGGAUGAUACUUUUUUAGGUAAUUUAAAUAGGUUGGUUGUGUAGCCAGACUUGGUUUUGACAAACCAUUGAGGAGAGAAAGAGAAAUCGAAUUAAGGCAUGUGGAGUAUGCCGAUUUUAGUCGCAUUAUUGAAGUGCAGUACAGACAUGUACACACCUUAAUCGAACUAUUACCAUCAUGAUAGGAAUUUUUGCAGUGUUUUGCAACAGGAUAGUCCACACACACAUGCACUCCCAAACACACACAGCUGUUUGACACUCUUUGCACCUACUGAGUCAGUGCAGACCACAGACACCUGCAUUGUGAAAUGCAGAGGUUUUUUUUCUUCCAUGCAACAUGCGGUGUAAACUUCAAUUAAAACUACACUCUUCCAGCAGUUCAAAGUUGCAUCCAAUAUCUCGUUUAUCACAGGGGGGAUGCAUGAAAUGUUCAUGAAUGAAAGUGAAAGUGCCAAACUGCGAUUAAAGUCGACGAAUUAAAAACGAAACACCCGAAAUUACAUGAAACUCCAGAGGAAAUGCAGAUAGCUCUGUGACGCAAUGACGUUAAUCGAAUAAUGUGUUGUAACAUGUAAAACGGGAUCAUGAAAGAAACACUCAAAAAGCAACUAAUGUAAACGCCUUAAUCUUAUUAUUGUCUUAAUUAGAUUAAGGCAAAUAAUAUGAAUACUAAUGUCUCUCCACUGUUUCAAUAGCUGAAAUGUGGUGAACGCACUGGCGCUGUUGUCCUGUGGCUGCCAUCACAUCAUCCAAGUGGAUGGUGCACACUGGUGGUGGAUUGGGGAGACCCUACUCAUGAUUGUGAAGCUCUUUGGGUGUAUGACUUUACAGGAUAAUUGCGCUUUAUAAAUACACAUUACGUACUUACUUUUAAAUCUGAGCUAUAUAUAUUUAUCUGCAUCUGAACUUUAUAGGCCUAAUAAUUGUGUCUUGUUUGAUUUGGGGGAGCAGCUGUCAGUCGUAGUUUAGCAGUAUGUUUAUGUUGCCAUAUUGACACUGUAGGUUUGUUCCUCAUUUAUAGUAAAUGUUAGUUAUUGGGAGACCUACUGGAACCUUAUUAUUAAACAUUACCUUUCAAUCAGUCUGAAAACUAAUGACAAUCAUCAAUUUACAGUGUUCUCUACCAUUUUAUCAACAAUAAUGAAAAAAAGCACAUGUUAUAAUGUCAGGUAUAUCUUGCAUGUUAAUUUAACAUGAAGGAUGUUGAUAUUUUUAGGCCUUGAUGCCAUUACCCUCGUUGGUGGAGUUUCAGGGUGUUACUUCCCUUCAUCAAAGUCAGCAACCACACUCGCUGAGCGGUUUUGCAGUCGUGUCAUCAGGACAGCAAUUUAAGGUCUUAACACAUUCCACACGCACCAUCAUUCAACAUUUUUGGUCUUUCACUUCCUCGUUUUUUAAACCCAGGACAACCUAGCAGGCUUCAAAUAUGCUUGAUGUGACUUUUUUUUGUGAUUGCGCUGUUUGGUCACAUUAUCAUACUGUUGGUAUGUGUGUUGUGACUGUAUUUCACCAGCUGUGCCUUAAAUAUAAAGAACGGUUCAAAUGUUUUUUCACUGAUA